UUCUUUUCUAUAUACUGUUUUCAUUGCAGUAUAUUGUUUUAACAUAUAACAAUAGUUAAAUAAGCUUAAAGUUGGAAAUAUAAAUCUAAAAAAUAAAUUUCUCUUUUCAUAUCCUCUGUUGUUACCAAGAUUGCAAUUCAUUCUUUCGAAUCAAAUAAAGUAAAAAUCACGUUUCAUUAAAAAUUAAAAAAUGAAAUGCAUUUACUUACUUAUUACAACAUUGAUUUUUCUUCGAUUUACGCAACAACUAGAAAACUAUAAAUUACCAACGGUUACGAAGCCACUUCAUUAUGAAAUACAACUUGAACCACACCUGUCUCCGGAUAAUUUAAGAUUUGAUGGUGAAGAAGAAAUUACAAUAAAGAUUUUACACAAAACAAAUAAUUUGACAUUACACUCAUUGAAUUUGUUUAUAUUUGAAAAUAAAACAUUGCUCUCUGAUGAAAAAUAUAACUUUAAGCCCAGUAAACAUAUUUACGAAACAGAAAAUGAAUUUCUCAUUUUAAAAUUUAUAAAUGAUCUGCAACCUGGAAUUUACAAAAUAAAAUUCAAGUUUUCUGGCAAAUUGAAAGAUGAACCUGAAGGAUUUUUUUGGGAUUCUUAUGUAGAUGAUAAAAACAAUACUAUAUAUUUAGCAGCAACUGAAUUUGAACCAAGUUUUGCUCGAAGGACUUUUCCCUGCUGGGAUGAACCCGCCUUGAAAGCAACUUUUGAUAUUUCAAUCAAACAUUUCUCAAAUUACACAGCACUGUCUAAUAUGCCAAUAAAAAAAACAAUUUUCCAUUUAAAUAAUGAGAAAAUAUGGACAAUUUUUCAAACAACUCCUUUGAUAUCUACGUAUUUAGUUUGUUUCACGCUUUCAGAUUUUGUUAAUCUUACUAACACUCAGAGUAACAUUACAAUUUGGUCUCAAAAAAAUAAUUAUGCAUCAAUGAUCUUGGGAUUAGACGUUACAACGCGAGCUUUGAAUAUUUUAGAAACAUACACGGACGUACCAUAUGCAUUACCAAAACUAGAAAUUUUUACUGUUCCAAAUGCACUUCUAGGAGGGAUGGAAAAUUGGGGGUUGAUUAUUCUGAAAGAAGUACACCUUGUUGGGAAUACAGGAUUUUCAACAGUAGGUAAAUUUGACACUAACAUGCUUUUAUUUCAUGAAGUUGCCCAUCAGUGGUUUGGAAAUCUGGUUUCUCCGGCUUGGUGGAAUGAUUUGUGGAUAAUGGAAGGUCUCUGCAGUUAUCUUCAAUAUUUUCUUUUAAAUAAGGUCUAUAAUAAUUCAAGAAUAAUGGACCUUUUUGUCAUACAAAUGUUUCAAGUAUAUAAAGAUGAUGAGAAGUUUCAUCUGCCUUUGUUUCCUAAUAUCACAUCAUCAAGUGAAUCAAAUAGGUUAUUACGUUCAGUUCACAAAAAAUCUGCUAUAAUGAUGUAUAUGUUGAGUAAUAUAAUAUCAAAAGAAGCUUUGCAAAAUGGAGUCAAAAAAGUUUUGGAAGAGUAUAGGUACGGAACUGUAACGACCAAUGAAUUUUUAGAAGCAAUGCAAGAGUCCAUGCAUGAAUUAAACAUACUCCAUAAUAAUUUUGAAAUAAAAGAAGUUAUGAUGUCUUACAUAUCCCAAGUAGGAUAUCCUUUAAUAAAUAUAUCUCGAAAUUAUACAACUGGAAGUAUAACUUUAACUCAGGAGUGCCCAAUUUGUUCAAGGAAUAAACCACAAUCAAAAUUCUUCAUUCCGAUUAAUUUUGUAACAAGUUCGUCUUUGAAUUUUUCCUCAACAUUUGCCACUCAUUGGCUGAGACCCAAAGACAAGGAAUUAGUUAUAGAAGGAAUACACCCCGAAGAUUGGGUUAUUUUUAAUAUUAAAAAUAGUGCCUAUUAUCGUGUAAAUUAUGAUGAAACAAAUUGGGAGCGCAUAAAAAAUUAUUUAAAUUCUGAGAAUUUUUCACAAAUUCAUGUUUUAAAUAGAGCUCAAUUAUUGGAUAAUGUAUUUUGGCUCUACCAGCAAAAACUAAUUGCCAAAGAAUUUUUCCUAAAUUUCAUAUUGUACUUGACUCGAGAAGUAGAUUAUAUUCCGUGGGAAAAUUCUGCUAAUGUUUUAUAUUAUUUAUUUAUACAAGCUGUCAAACCUGAAUUUAAGGAAUGUGCUCUGAAGCUUGUCAAAGCUCUUUCAAAUAAUUUUAUUAACAGCCGAAAUCAAAAUACUGACAUUUUUACUGCGGAAAAACGAUCUUUAAGUAAAUUUUGGAAUACAAUGUUUAAAAACCUUCGUUAAUAAUUACCAAUGUCAUAAUUCAAUAGUAUGUCUAUGCAAGUGUGAGUUAUUAUUAAUUUUAUAUAUGUUAAUAUAUCCAUAAUGAAUAUUAAAAAUUUCAUUAUUACCAUACAAUAUUGUAUUUUAACAUAAUCUUAAUUAUAUGUAUCAUAAAAUAUU